AGCGGCGGAACAAACAGAUUUUAAAUGUUAAUGUCGACCGACGUCGCAUCCAUCAUGCUGCCUGUGUCCCGGGCUCUCAUGGACCGGGAGCUGGACAGCGCCAUGGCCGGCGGGGUGCAUCCCAACGCGGGCGGUGCUUCCGCAGCCGUGCGGGGCAUGAAGCGAGGAGACCCGGAGCCCGACGGGCAGGCGGCGGCCGCGCUGCUGGACUCCACCGGGGCAGAGUGCAAGAGGCCCCGCAUGGACGGCUCGGGAGGGCUCGGUGAGGUGGGACAGAACAAUGAUCCUUUGACCCUUGGUUACCAUGGAUACGCGUCUCACAGCCAGGGCUCUCAGGAUAGUGCUGGCGGUCAGGAGGGACUCGUGCCCCCACCUUUCUCUGCGUUCCCACCACCUCCACCGCCGCCCCCUCAGAACGGCCUGGCCCUGGAUUACGGGAGCAGCCUGUAUGCAGCAGGGGCCGUGCAGGGCCCCGUGGAAGCCGGUGGAGCCGGAAACAGCGCAGCCAAUCCUGCUAACAGCCUCAGUGUCCAAUCAGAUGGGUCCUCACAGAUCGAGUCUGGAGUGGGCUCAGGUGGAGGGGGCGGUGGUGGGGGUCCCGGGGAAGAUUCAGAUGCCAAGGGGACCCCCAAACGUCUCCAUGUGUCUAACAUCCCCUUCCGCUUCCGAGACCCUGACCUGCGGCAGAUGUUUGGGCAAUUCGGCAAAAUCCUUGACGUGGAGAUCAUCUUCAACGAGAGGGGUUCCAAGGGCUUUGGUUUUGUCACCUUCGAGUUGGGUUCGGAUGCAGAGCGGGCCAGAGAGAAGCUCCACGGCACGCUGGUGGAGGGACGUAAGAUCGAGGUCAAUAACGCCACAGCCAGAGUGAUGACAAACAAGAAGAUGACCACGCCGUACUCUAACGGGGAGGGCAUCGCCGCACUGCCAUACGCUGGUUGGAAGUUGAGCCCCAUGGUUGGAGCCAUGUACAGUCCUGAGCUCUAUACAGUUCCAGGCUUUCCUUACCCCGCAGCAGCAGCAGCAGCUGCCGCCGCCACCACAGCUGCAACCUUUCGAGGCACUCACCUCCGAGGUCGAGCUCGGCCCGUCUACAGCGCUGUCAGGGCAGCUGUCCCGCAACCUGCCAUCCCCACGUACCCCGGCGUAAUGGCCUAUCAGGAUGGUUUUUACAGUGCGGCCGAGCUCUACGGUGGCUAUGCAGCGUAUCGUUACGCCCAGCCAACUGCUGUAGCGACUCCUGCAGCAGCAGCAGCCGCCGCCGCCGCCGCAGCGUACAGUGACAGCUAUGGACGAGUUUACACGGCAGACCCCUACCAUGCUGCUCUCGCCCCUGCUGCCUACGGUGUUGGAGCCAUGGCCACGCUGUACAGGGGAGGCUACAGUAGAUUUGCCCCUUACUAAAGACACUACAUUUCCCAGGAGCUCCUCUCUCUCCCAUUGAAUUAUUCAGAAAGAGCUCCCUCUGUCGUCUCGGAGGAGGACUGCACCCCCUUUUUAUAAAGCGUGGAAACGACCACAACAAAGAUAUUUCAGAUCCCACCCCAGAGCAGUCCCAUGUUAUCUUAUAUAGGCUUCUACAGAAAUAGAGGAAUGCUGUAUUAAAGACUGAUGGAUGGCCUCUGCAUAAAAAAAUAACAAGGAAAGAAUUUAGACUGAACAUGGCCACCUUCCUUAUUGCACGGCUGUAUUAUAGUCUCCCCCUCUUCCCCCCUCGACACUCAGCAGCACAAGAUUUGGGGGCGGAGCCCAGAUGUUCUUCCAAAGGCUGGACGUGGAAAACUGACGUUUGGACUUUUGAGCGCGCUCCGCGUUUGAGGAAAAACAAGAGGGAAGGUGUCAAAAAAAGAGAACAUCCAAGCGGUAAAGAGAAGGAAAGGCGCCUCGACAGAGAGCAGCAGGAAAACUUUUUUUAUAGAAAGCGGCUGGAUGAGUGAAUAAGACGUAAAAGCAGCUCGGUGGAUGCAGCGCUGGGCUGCGCUCUGAGGCCGAGCUCGGAGAGACGAUGGAGAGCAGGAGGAGGGUCAGAGCUGUUCCUUACCUCAACUUUUCUUAGUAUGUGGAAACAGUAAACCUUUAAACCUAAAAUUGUUAUGAUAUGCAAAGAAAUUAGUUUAGAGAGAAGAAAAAACAAAUUAUUGUUAUUAUUAUUAUUAUUACUGUUGUAAUUAUUCUCAUUAUUAUUAUGGAAAAAAAACAUUUAGUUUGCCUCAGCAGUCACUGCUGCGGUGGAGUUUCAUCCGUCAACCUUUAGGGUUCAAAUCAUAGAUUUUACAUCUAUAGUACAAACAGUCCACGUAUAAAACACGUCAUGUUCCUGGUCACACACACACAGCUUCACUGCAGUGUGUGUGUGUGUGUGUGUGUCACCCUAACACUACAGAGAGCGACACUACACGGCAAACAUUUCUCGUUUACAUGUAAAAAGAUGAAUCACCUUCAGCCCCGGAGGCUCCGGGUGUUCGCUCGUUCUUUAACGUAAGGAGACACGGUUUGGAGUUCCCUCUCACGCUUCACCUUUUUAUAGAGUCCAGCGAUGGACGAGUCUUCCUGAAACACUUUGAGACGACGUGGCCGACGGCUGAGCAGGACCGCUCGGCGACUCCUUCUGACGACUUAAAUGCAAAACGCAUCACUUAUCGUGCAUAUUUCUAUUCUUCUUGUAUCGAUUUCCAAGAUGUGGCUUUAAUUUUGAUGUUUUGUUUUUGUUCCAAAGAUUUGUAGAAAGCACAUUUUU